AAUGUCUCUUAUACACAGGCCAUACACUUACAACAAAGAUUUAAUUUUUGAGACGUUCCUUUUAUGAGUUUCAGUAUUUCAUUUUUCAUGUUAAGACAAAAAGUGUUUCAAUGGUUUUGUCGUUUUUAGAUAAUACGGAUUCGUAGACACAUCUAAAAUUUAAGUGGUGCGCUCUACUACAAGUACAAGAACGAACUUUUUGACUUGCUUAAGUUCCGGGAAGAAGAAGUUCUGAACAAUGCUCGUUGUGAUCAUUCUUGUAGCUAGUGGGAUUUUCAAUUCCGCAUUUUCUCGCCCGUCUUGUCAAAGUGCUUUUGAUUAUGAGCGUCACGUGCUAAGAAAACUAGUCGAGUUUAUGGAUGCAAUAUCCACUACUAAAGAUGGCAUUGAAGGUACAGAGUCUAGUGAUACAACGUGUCCAGAUAUGUGGGUGCCUUUCCAAGGAUCAUGUUACCUCUUCGCAAAUCAAAGUGUUAUUUAUUCGGAAGCAGAGCGAUUUUGCCAACAACACGAAUCCCACUUGGUGCACGUGGACAAUGUACAUGAAAACAAUUUUCUUCAAGACAUGAUGCGCUAUCACUUGAGAGGUAACUUUUACCAUUGUGAAUACUGUUAUUAUAAUGAGCCGGAGGUAAUAAAAAUCAGACUAUAAGGACAUUUCUCUUGA